AUGCCCAGUCAAGCUGGAUACCAGCGUCUCGCACAAGACGACGACGCAGCUCCUACAGUUCCACACACUCGCUCAUCAACAAGCUCGUCAUUCACGCGUCAGCGACGCCUGUCACGGCCAGAAAUUCCAAAGAUUGACCUGCACGACAUUCAGGACAAAUUCAAGGCAUGGUUGGAACGUGUAAAGAGUCGAAAGGCGUUGGAUAUCCACAAACAGGAGAUUGCCUUCUCCGUUUUCGAGCCGGCCUUCUCGCGCAGCGUCUACCCAACUGCCCCGCUAAAGACGUUGGAUCAUGGACCUCCUAUGUCCAAGGAAACCUUUGACAAGUUGGUGAACAUCAACGUGUCUUUGAAGGAGUCAAUAUUGGACGGAGUACACCCCAAAUUGAUUGCCAAAGGCUCGUCCGGAAGCUACUUUGUGCGCGUCAAAGAUGGCGACAGACAUAAGACUGUUGGGGUGUUCAAGCCGCAAAACGAAGAGCCUUAUGGGAAUCUCAAUCCAAAGACAACCAAGUGGCUUCACCGCAAGCUUAGGUUCAUCCUCCCAUUCGGUCGGAGCUGCUUGAUUCCCGGACUUAGGCAAGCAGCUGCAUCACUAAUGGACACACGGCUACAGCUCAAUAUUGUACCGCGGACCGAGCUCGUUUCCCUCUCGAGCUCGAGCUUCUUCUACGACUGGAUCGAUCGAGUCGCAGCAAAAAAAGGGAAACCAUUACCAGAGAAAAUUGGCUCCUUCCAAACGUUCCUGCACGGGUACACCGAUGCCACCGUCUUUCUUCGUGAACAUCCUUGGCCUGGGAGGUCCAUCUCCGACACAUUUGACGACUCAAAUCAUCGCUCUGGCGCGGCUACCAAACGUUUGAUGAGUGCUCUCAGUCUUGUUUGUGGAAAAACGGGCGAGGAGGAAGAUCUUACCGAUGAGGAAGUCGAAGACGAGCAGGCCCGUACAAUGUACGAGAUGCCGGAAUCUACCGACUUUUAUUGGUCACUGGCACUGCAGCAAGAUUUUAGACUAGAGUUGGAAAAGCUUGUCAUUCUAGAUUACAUCAUCCGUAAUACCGACCGAGGCUCAGAUAAUUAUAUGAUCAAGUAUUGUAACCAGAGUCACGAAAGAUCAAUUGUAGACCAAGCACCGUCCCGAACGACCACCCCAGUAUACACGUCACAAGAUCCAAUGAAAGCCGAACCUACUCUUCGGACGACUCCAUUGUUAAUACCGUCUCAAGAGCCUCCGCCGGCCACCUCCACAACGGAGCCAAAUUAUUCGCGACCUCAUAUGCAUAUUGCUGCCAUUGACAACUCUCUCAUUUCCUCAUGA